AUGAUUAGAAAUAUCAAUGCGCUGCAGACAUCGUGUGUAUUAGUUCAGUCAAUUUAUUGUAAACAUUCAUCUUCUGAUUCCAGCAUUGAAGUGGUUGACAUUCUGAUUGGGGUCGAUGCUGCAGACUGUCAAAUGAGAAACCUAAUUGAGUGCUUAUGCAAAUUUUUAUCAGAGGAAUAUCCUGUUAGUGUAAAGAACUUGUGCCUCAAAUUCAUUCUCAUCAUCCUAACCUCGAUUGAUAACAUCAGCCAGAAUGUCAUGCUGGAAUAUUUCAUGCUCAACAGCAUAUUUGAAGCUCUUGUAUCAACAUUCUUUCAUCCUGAUGCUCGGGAGCACCACGGCUAUGAUGCAGCUGUUGCCCUAGCCCUGUUAGUCAAUUAA